UUUCUGUGCAGUGCUCUCACUCAGCCCGUGCUGUCAGUCCCGGCUGGAGCCGCCACCAGACCGAAUAAUAUAGUAUAAAAAACGGAGGUUGUUAGAAGGUUCUAUCCUGCCGUUGCAACUGCUGUAAAGGGGGAUAAAGCUACCGACAGAUACUAAGACAGGAGCAAUGUCGCCUCGCUUUCUUUAAUUACAUAACUCUAGUUUGAAACCGAAGAUUCUGAAGACUUCUGAAGGCACAGACAUUUGAUGGUACUGUGAGCAAGCUAUGCAUCUUUAUUACUAGAGAGAUCUGAGAAGAGAUAUCAGUGUAUAGUGUUGGGACUACAGUGUCUGGGCAUACAGUGCCUGAAAAGGGCUGACAAUCGUGUUUUCACUUCUUUAAAUUAAAAGAACAGAUUCUAGACGCGAAAAUAGGAACGUUAGUUGUGGCCGCUUUGGGAAACCGCCAGGUAUCAUUUCACUCACAAAGGAGGGGUUCUUCUGCCCCUGGGUUCAGCGGAGACACAUCGAAAAGGGGGGAGCGUUAAAUGAAUGUUAUAAAAUGCGUUUUAAUUUGGAUAUAAUCGUUACAAAUUAGACACAGGGUAGGUAAUCAAUGCAUUCUUUUAUUCAGAACACCGGACAGAAAUACUUUUUUUUUUUAGAGUCUAUACAACCGAUGGGGGAGAAAUAACGAUAUGCUAUAGCUAUUUUGGAUUCUACGUCGGUGUUUAUGCACAGCAAUACAAUCAAAAACAUACAAUACAAAUACAAAAACAGAUAUUUUUUUGUAAGAGCACAUUGUGGUAAGCCACAAAGUAAAAACAGACAAGCGCAGUCCUGCAUUCAGAAAUUGAGGAAGUGGACAUUUUAGUGGGUACUGCCGAACAUUACCGUAGUAAUUGGGAAAUACACACUCGGUCAGAGAACAUUAUAAAGGCCUGGGAGAUUUGAUUUAAUUACAUUGUUGGGAUAAAUAGCAGAACUGCAGUUAAAAACGAAAAGCUGCCAAAAGCAUUACAAGACAGGGUAUUGCCUGGCUCACAUUUCACAUCCUGCACGGGGACUAGAGAGUGGGGAGAGGCACAGCCUAGGACAAAACAGCAUAGCGCAGCCAAGAACUAAUUUGUCGAUAUCAGGUAGAUAAAGAGGGUCCUGGGAUCCAAAUGUAAUAAACAACGAGAAUGAUACAUAAAUAAUCUGUUUCUUUUUCUUGUGGAGUGGAAUGAAGGGGACAGCCCUGGCUCUGGAAUAUUUGGAAGUGAUCACGUAGAGAGGACAAGGGACUGAUAAUAAGCGGCCGAGAUCCGACUGUCUUCCAUGGUUGAGAGCCAGAUCAAUUGAAAACCAACUGGGGUUUAGAUGCGAGGUCCCCUUUCCUUGCUAGUGCGGUAAUUCUAAAAUCGGCACCUGUCUUUUUAAGGUAUCGAGCUCGGUAGAGAUUGUUCAUGAUCAAUAAUAGGCGAACAGGUGCAAAGUAGCCUACAGCAAACAGGCGAGAAGAAAAAAAAAACCGUCGAGGAACACAUUGUCCCCCUGUUUAUAAUGGAGGGCGAUCGGGACAUGUACCGCCAGUUUCAGGACUGGUGUCUCAGGACAUAUGGGGAUUCCGGGAAGACGAAGACAGUGACUCGUAGAAAAUACGACCGGAUAGUGCAGCUCCUCAAUGGAUCAGAGUCCAGCACCACAGACAAUGCUAAGUUUAAAUUUUGGGUCAAGUCCAAAGGUUUCCAGCUCGGGGCUCCAGAUGAGAUCAGCGGAGAGAAACAAGUGCUGUACGUGCCGGUGAAAACUACGGAAGGCAUGGGAAUAGAUGAGAAAGUGUCUUUAAGACAAGUGGCUGUGGUAGAGGAUUUCUUCGACAUCAUUUACGCCAUGCAUGUCGAGAAUGGAACUAAUGGAGAAAAAACACGGAAACAUGCUGGACAAAAGAGGACUUACAAGGCGAUUUCAGAGACCUAUGCCUUCCUGCCACGAGAAGCAGUGACACGGUUUCUAAUGAGCUGCUCCGAAUGUCAGAAGAGAAUGCAUUUAAAUCCAGAAGGGGCAGAGCAUAAAGAAAACGGGAAGCCACCCACUUUGGUGACCAGCAUGAUUGACUAUAACAUGCCAAUAACAAUGGCCUACAUGAAACACAUGAAGCUCCAGCUACUAAACUCCCAAAACAAUGAGGAAGACAGUUCUUUGGAUAGCGAUGAAUUUGACAUGGGUGACUCCACACGGAUGUCAGCAGUGAAUUCUGACCUGAGUUCCAACCUUGAAGAGAGAAUGAGCAGUCCCCAGAAUCUUCACAAUCAGCAAGAUGAUGAUUCUGCAGCCGACAGUAUAAAUGGAAAUGAAACGGUGGCAUACAGCUCCAGUGUUACUAGAGGGAGCCACUGCAGAGAGAUGGUGGACGUCAACAGCAGCUGCACAGCAACACCAGAGCAGAACGAGCAGCCCCUGAACCUCAGUGACAGCCCCCCGGUGACUGAGUGUCACUCAGAGAACCACAGCACCAAUGGGAGGAUUAAAUACAAAAGCUUCCUGCUGCCAGAUAUCAAAACGGACCCCAAGGAAAACGAGAGUAAGUCACCUGCACACAGCUUCUCCAGCUACGACUCUGGGAAAAACGAGAGUGUGGGGGGUGGAGUGGAGGACCUGUCACUCAGCCGAGGAGACGAGGAUGAGGAUGAACAUGAUGAUCAGGAAGACUCGGAGAAGGCCAUGGAGACGGAAGGUGUGGAGACAGAGCGCCUCAAAGCUUUCAAUAUGUUUGUCAGGCUGUUUGUAGAUGAAAACUUGGACCGCAUGGUCCCAAUAUCUAAGCAGCCCAAAGAAAAGAUCCAGGCUAUCAUUGAGUCAUGUAGGCGACAGUUCCCUGAGUAUCAGGAACGUGCCCGGAAACGUAUACGCACUUACCUGAAGUCCUGCAGGAGGAUGAAAAGGAAUGAUUUUGAUGCGUCCCGACCUAUACCUUCACACCUCACUUCGGCAGCAGCAGAGAACAUAUUGGCAUCAGCUUGUGAGAGUGAAAGCAGAAACGCUGCAAAAAGGAUGCGUCUGGACAGACCACAGGAUGAAGCUGUUUCAACUGACAAACAGUAUAAACAAGAACUCGCCCAGGUCACUUUCCCAGUAUCAGCUGUUUCUACUGCACAGGAGGUGUUGUACAUCAAUGGUAAUGGAACCUACAGUUGCCAUAGUUACAGCGGGUUAGGGGGAGGACUGCUGAACCUCACUGAAGCUUCUAGCAGUGGACCUACUGAUCUCAGCAUGAAGAGACAAUUAGCACCAAGUUCAGGCUCCUCAAGCAAUUCUGGUUCACGGCCCCAGCUAAACGCCACUGAAAUAAAUGCGGUCAGGCAGCUUAUCGCGGGAUACAGAGAGUCAGCAGCGUUCCUCCUCCGCUCAGCAGAUGAACUAGAAAAUCUGAUCUUACAACAGAACUGACCUCUGAACGACACCAUGCUUAAAGAGAUGGUUUCCAUUGAAGUCUUUCUUAUUUUGUUCUUGCUGCCUUUUGGUUGCACUUUUUCUGAUUGUAGAAGCCCCUUUGUUUUUGACUGCCAUAACAACACCAUACUGCCCCUUAUCCCAGAAACAGUGUCACACAACAGUGGCUGCUUCGAAGCGUUGACCUCGGAUAUUUCACACGGUACCUCAUUGCUUAGUCAGAUGCUUUUCCUCCUGUGUCAACAAAACAAACAAACAAACAUACUGCAAUGGAUUUUUUUGUUAUUGCUGUCUUAAGUGAGUGAGCAAAGAAUUAAGAAGAUAAUGAGAAGUACAAAAGGGUCUAACAUGCACGUGCAAUAUUAUUGAUGGGUGCUACUGACUGUUUUCUUAGACUUUGACUUAGAAAUUUUUUUUUAUAUUAGUGUUUUAUUGCGUUAUUGUACAGAAGUGAUAAUGUGGGACCAACUAUGUGAAAAUCAAUCAUUUACUUAACCCUUGAAGGACCAGACAUUUUAGAUUUUACAGUCAUUCCAGCACCAUGUGACUCUUUUCCAUGUGUGUUUUAAAUUUAUUUUAAAAAACAAAAUUCACAUUUGAUUUAGUGAAGUAUGGGGGGAAAUAAAAGCCUUUUUAAAAUAAAACUUCCUUAUUAGAACUUGAACUUGGUUUGUUGUAAAAACAAAAAAUGGCCUCAUAAAACAGAGUGAAACGAAGGAGAAAGACAGUUCUGCCAGUACCUUUCUCACUCUGUCACUCUGUUACUCUGUUACUGUGUUACUCUGUUACACAACCCACACCAAAUAUUCAUGCCUUUGUCCUUUUUAUAGGGUGUGACCAGGGGUAAUUGGCAAUCAAUCAUUCAAUUACCAUCUGACCACAUUCCACACUUUUCAAUAAACCAAUUCAACAAUUACACCAUCCCCACACCAAUUAAACAAUUACAUUAACCUGUGGCUGUGCAUAGGCAGCCACAACACACACAUUUCUUAGUGUGCAGGAUCUCUGCCCUGUCACAUCUCCCCUACUCUGCCACAAUAUGUGUGUGGCUACUUUGUUCAAAUGUUAAGGUAUAAAUGCAUUUAAACAUAUCUGGAGUCAGUUUUCAAUACAACGUAGUAGCACUUAUGAAUCAUAGCAAAACACAGUAAGGAAAAUGAUAAAGCCCAGAAACAUAAACAUAAUCUUGAAUUACAAAAUAGCACAAAUAUUAAAGCACAUUGUCAAUGUGGGUCCUGAAUUUCACAGAGAGUGUUAUGAUAACCAACGAUAAAACAAGAACGCAAAUACAUUGACAAACUAUGUACUGUAAUGCUGUUACAUUCUGGCAUGUCAACCUGAUUGUGGCCCUUAAAGGGUUAAAAGCUUCUAGAUGACCAUUCCAUGUUCAGAUCCUGUGUUUCAGUCCGUGGCAACUUAAGGGUAGAAAGAACAGACUACUGUGAAUCAGAGAAGUGUGGUAAGAAGGGAAUUGUUUAAAUGUUACUUUCUGAUGGAUUAAUUUGGCUCUGCUAUUGAGAUCCUAUUACAGGUAUGUAAGCCAUAUAGAAGAGUCCAGACAAUACACUACCCCCCCUCCUCCCCCCCCCCCCCCCCCCACCCCCAUCCUCAGUCUAAAUCCCUGCUGUGCUGAUUUGCAGCUAGGAAAGGCUAUAUACACUGUAGGUAAUAUCAAAGUAAAGCAAUGGUUAUUCUACAAGUACGGUAUCUGAGCUAGCUCCUUGAGUGCUGCUGCUUUAGUUUUUAUUAUUAUUAUUAUUAUUAUUAUUAUUAUUAUUAUUAUUAUUAUUAUUAUUAUUAUUAUUAUUUCCUUUUCCAGUUUAUUUUACCUGUGGGAUGUAAAAUAUCGAAUGUUGCAAGGUUGCAAGUGACAAUCUGAAAUCUUUGCACUCUUCUGUAUAUUUUUCAAUUACAAACUGCAAUUGAAUUGAUGCUGUUUAAUGCUUCAUAAGUAAUUUAUAUAUCGUCCAUGCUAAAUUCGGCACAAACCUGUUGCAACUGGAUGCAGUUCUCACAGUUUUUGUAGUUGUAUUUUAUGGUCUGUAACAUAUUUUUAUACUGUUGAGUAUAUAGGUGUUUGGUUUGAGUUCAGUAAAAAGAUGUAUUACACGUGUUGUAAAAAUAUCUUCAGUUUAGCUUUUUGUGGUAAAAGAAAUUGAGAUUCUUUAAUUUUGACAGUGAUAUAGCUUAACGGAUUGCUUCUACGUGCAUAUGAAAUCUGCCUUAUUACAUGUUAAAUCUUAUUUAAUUUUUUAAAAACUGUUAUUAUGGCAGUUCAUAUAAAUAUAAAUAUGUUAUUACUGUUUCUGUUUAAUAACUGACUAUGAUUGUGACCAAGUAAUGUGCACUUUCUAUUGUAAUUGUGAACACAUCCAUGCAUUUUCUAGUGUUUCUUACGUUUGUUGCUUAAAGUAAACUAAAUGAAUUUUUUUGUGAUACUGUUGGUGAAUAUGUGAAAAGUCAAAUUAAUGAGAUACAUGUGGUUGAAUUUUCAAUAAAUAUCAUU